AUGUCGGACGCUUUUAGUCAAUGUUGCGCUCGUUUCAAGGAGGCAAUCAUUGUCACUGGACCAGAAAAAGGUUAUGAAACGAAGCGAAAAGAGAGGAGGAUUCUGUUCACUUUAGAAAUUCCUUACCCCUUUUUCAAAGAGGUGCACCAAGUUUUUCAAGAAGGGUUCGUGAGUUCUACUGCCACUUCCGGUGAGAAUUCUUUGACCGAACAUGGUGGAGAGGCACGUUUUUCCUCAGCAGAAGGAAACGACUUGUCACCUACAUUUGCCUCGUCUGGCACCAAAAGGUACACGUACACAGAUUUCGUGGAAAAAUGCAUAUUUGGUGAAUUCUUUGCUUUCAGCGAUGAUCAAAUUAUUCGAAAACAAAUAGAUGUAGCCUUGUUAAAAAUCUCCUACAAGGUGUCUAAGCAGUAUACAAAGACCAAUGGUAGGGCAAGAAAAGCUUUAGAUGAACGAAUGCGGAAAUUUCAUGUAAUGGAAGGUCAGGCGAAAUCUGUUCAAGAACUUUGUAAUGAAAUAAAAAACCUGCGUGAUGAGCUACGGGAAUUGAGAUCAAAAUAUGAGAAUAGUUAA